GUGAUACUCCGCCUACCAGGUGUAAGUAACCCCGGCCCCAAGCUCCAGGCUCCAGCGAGAAAUUGGACUACCUACAAGCUCACCUGCUUAGCAAGUGCGCCACUUGGGACAGAGCCCCUAUGUAUUAAGGUAAUAGUCGGUGUUGCGAAGUUAUAUUUUGAAGUCUGACUGAGAAAAGAAACGCGACUUCAUUUGAGACAACUCGAGGGCAGAACAUCUUAAAAACUAACUACGCCAUUAUGGGAAUAUCGUCCAGUCUUCUGGAUGAAAAUCAAUUCAGCUUCAUUAAAGGGUGGGUGCAGACAGAGCUGAGGAAUUUUGCAUCGAUCUACAAGAAGCAAUACUCUCUGGCCUUUCUCGCCCAUGUUCAUGAUGAUUUGUUACAACACGAAGAAGAGCAUACUCAGCUCCUUAAACAGCAGGAUCCCCCACAGGAAGCAGAGGUGAUCUACCAGGAGCCUGUGCUCUGCUUUUAUGAUAACAGGAAAUGGAAGGAGAGGUUUGUGGUGGUUCGUGCCAAUUAUUCUCUGGAGUGCCAUGAGAGCUAUGAGACUUUUAUGAAAGGUGUACUGCCACUGUACAAUCUGCCAACUACAGGAGGCACUAUUUUGACCACAGAAGAGAAAUACAUGGAUGUGGUAGACAGGAGCUUUCCUGACACUGACAAUGUGAAGGAGGACUUUGCUCCUCCAGUGGUGGGUAUGCCAGGCCAGUUUCCAGUGUACCUCCGACUGCCAUACCAGAGAGACUACUACUUCUGCUUCCUCCAGGAGGCCAAACAAGCCAAGUUCAUGUCCGUGCUAUCUGACUGCAUUCGACACCAGAAUCAAGACUUCUUAAAGAAGACGACAUAUGAGGUGCAGGCCUUCAUCAAAGCCAUUCAGCUCUACAGACAAGACAAGGGCUACUAUGAACCAUGGGAUAUGCUGAUAGGCAACGAUGUGCAGGUGUUGGCUAAUCUAACCAUGGAGGAGUUGCUGCCAGCUCUUGAGAAAAACUUGCUUCCUCGUCUGAAGGCCAAGAAGAUGGAGAGGAAGAGAAUGUGGUUUGCUACAGUUGAGGCUGCAUAUAACCUGGUGCAGGAGACUCUGAUGGAGGGCAUGGCUGCUCUGAAGGACGAGUGCAGAGAGGCAACCAAGCAGCAAAGUGCACUUAUGCGCUCGGAUAUGGAUCAGAUCAUUAACUCCCGAGCCUUUCUGGAGAGCAAACUCGGAGCCACAGUAGCCGAGCUGGCUACAGAGUACUGCAGUCAGCACAUAGAACCUCGCCUGCCUGCUCUGCUGGAGGAGAUGAUGGGGCCCAUCAGCCUGGGCUUUGAGGAAGCACGGCAGGUUGGUGAGAACAUGAUGGAGCACCUGUGCCAGAAUUAUCAGGAGGGCAUGACCAGCGAAGAGCUGCAACAGGCUUUAGUGGAGAUGAGUAAACCAGACUUGGAGAGCUGUUAUGAGAAAGUGAGUCACCUGAGGGAUCAUAUCCAAGAAUUCAGCUACCCCAACUGCAGAGGACUGCAGCACAGCACACAGAUUGAUAUACAACAGCUGGUGGACAGUGUGGCAUACACCUUUGGAUUACUUCUGAACAAGAUUCCACAAGACAACACCAACCUAUUAGAUGCCAUGGUAAAAGCCAAACAUAGAGUGCUAAAGCAAUAUGACUAUGACAGCAGUACACAGAGAAAGAAGAUUUUCCACGAAGCUCUGCUGAACAUCACUCUACCCAGUGUCAAAGCUUUUCUAGCACCUACAUUCAAAAAGGAUCUACCGAACUUUGAACAGUACAUAUUUGAUGAUUAUGUAAAUUUCAUCAAUGUGGAGAACGUCUAUGAGGACAUACUGCUGCAGAUACUAGAGAAGGACGUUAGCAAGGUGGUGAAGGAAGCAGCAAGUAUGAAGAAGUACAACUUAUUCAUGGAGUCCAGGUACCAUUUCAGUGUUUCCAGCAUGUACGUCACUCCCCCUAACAGCCCAGACUACACCGGCAAAUUGAAAAAAUACAGUGCUCUGCCAUCCUCCCCUUUGCUGAGUCAUGACCUAAUGGAAAGCCAGCAGACUGGUGAAGAUCCAGUCAUGGCUGAGAAGAAGGCGGAACCGGAGGUAAUCGUGGCCCAGCAGGAAGAGGUUCAGGCACACGCUCAACCAGAGCUUAUUGAGGUACCACCUCUUGAAGAAGCAGUCAUGGCUGAGAAGAUGGUAGAGCAGGAUGUAAUCAUUCAGGCACAUGCUCAACCAGAACUUAUUAAUGUACUUCCUGGAGAAAAUUCAGUCAUGGCAGAGAAGAUGGUGGAGUCUGAGGUAAUUGUGGCCCAGCAGGUAGAGAUUCAGGUGCAUGCACAACCGGAGCUUAUUAAGGUAUCUGCAUGUGGGAAAGCUGAUGAAGAGCACAAAGUGAAGGACAAUGAAGUGCUAGAGGUGCCUGCUAAUGCUGGAACUGAGAUACAAGCCAGAUCUACCACAGCUGAGACACUUGCAAUGCACACAGCAGUUGUGGAGAAGAUGCUUGUUGCCUCUCAGAGUUUGAAGAAGAUAACGUACUCUGGGCCUUCCAAUGUAGUUGCUAUAAACAAAGAGACAUUAGUGGACCCGUCUAGCUUGUCAAAUACAGAACCUGCACUUAAACUAGCAGCCCAUACGUUGGCUGAACCUUUUCCAAAGCCAGUGGAAAUGGAAGCUAAUGAGACACCAGUCUACGCUAUUCCACCAGGGGGACACAUGGGGUCCCUGGAUCAAGUGUCACAGAGUGAAACUUCAUCAAAUCUCAAAUUUGUUUCUGCGGAGAGUGAAACAGAGAGUGCAGCCAACAUUAGGACAAGCUCAGCGGAAGAAACUGCUCCAGCUGUGCCAAACUCUUCGAGUGUACAACCCCUUGUUGUCAAGGAGAAAAACAGCAAUGGCACUAGAGAUACCAAGGUUGUGUUGGAUGAUCUCCCUUCAAUUGGAGCUCCAAUCGAUGAGCUCAAAGUGAGCAAUAUGAUGAGACAAGAUUUCUCUGAUGAUUCAUCUUGGACCACAGAGGAGGAGGAAGACAGCAUUGAGGAAGAUGACCUAACAAUGGAAACCACAACAGCCAUCCCUAAACCUGAGGACUUCUUCAUAGUCAAGUGUGAAGCUAUCCCGGAUGUUUGCGCGAAUGUUACCAAUAACUCUGCAGAUCCCGAUUCUGAAGCAGCCAGACCUUUAGAUUGCAUCAGGGAAAUCCGUGACCUUGUGGUGGAAGUGAUGGAAGUGGAGGACCACUUCCCAACACUACCUUGACAAUGGAGAGGUCAACUUACACACACAGUGAAGAAGAGUGCUGUGUUAAACCAUAAAGGACACUUUCUGAAGGAAUGGACAUACAGAGGAGUUAAAAAGCACUGUAAUGCCAUAACUUAAUAACUGUAUGUCUUUUAUUGCAACAGUCUGUGUAGUUUUUACAGCUUCGGGAGUUGUGUGAGGGGGGGAAAACAAAGUGGGUUUUAAAUCGUUUUAUUGUUGUGUGGGUGUGACUAAGGAACUUAAGUUUAAGCUGCUGUUGAAAGAAUGUAUUUGUUUUUCACAGUUAUUUUAUACAUUGUGUUCACAAACUAAUAAUUGUGUUAAAACCAGGGGGAAUCAAAAAAAUUUGUAAUGUAAAUUUUUUUUGUGAUUGUUGCAACCAAAAAUUCUUUUUUGUGACUUUUCCCCCCUAAAAUUUGUGAUGAAAAUUGCUGUGUUUUUGUUCUUUUUUGGGGGGGAAACUACUUGAAUUGGUGAAAGUGCAGUCACGUUUUGCACGGUCUUUCGCAGUGAUUGUUGGUAAAUGAGACCUUUUAGUUGUACUCAUGUUCGACACACGUGAAUCGAAGAGGGCUUUGGGUGGAUGCGCGUAGUGAUGACUUCACAUGACGCGUUUCGGCCCAAAUCUGCAGAAAAUCUGCGGUAAUUUAGAAAAAUUGCAAGCUGCUCCAAAUAUUGCAGAGUUUGCUUGAUUUUGUGUUAAUUUCUGUGAUCGCAAUAUCACAAAAUCCUGGAGGGACUGACUAUUGUACUUUUUUUUAUGUGCAUUUUCAGUGUAUUUUUUAUUUUUUUGAUCAGAUACAAAAAUAAAAACUCUUUGAACCUCUUA